AUGUCAAAACACUCCUACAACCUGCGCAAGCGGGCUCCAAAGCCCGCUACCGCCAUUCCGCAUGGCCGCAAAGCUCCCGAGAUCUCCAAGUGCCUACAGAUCUCCAAGUGCGCACGCGCACCGAAGACACACGUCUACUGCCUAAAGCCCGGCAGCAUGGCUCGGCCCGCCGAAAUAAAUUUCGGCGAGCACACCACGCUCGUGGAGGGUGCGCGCUUCUACCUCCAGCCUGGAGGCAGGAAGUGCGCCCCACGCGGCGUGGUGUCCAUGGUGAUCACCGUGCCAGCUGAAGUCGACCUCCAACACAAGGGAACCGAGAAUUGUAUCAUCCGGUUCGACUCAGACCCUGAGUCCGAGAGCGAAGAGCCCCUCAUAUCCGACGAAGCCCGCCGUGCAAUCGAGGAGGUUGCCGGACACGACGGCGAAGAGCAGGAGCAGAAUCUGCUGUUGCUCCCUGGCCUGGAUCCGUGCGGAGCUAUCGGCAUUGAUUGA